AUGAAGGCCAUACUGGAGCUCCAGAACUUAGAGUACAGUGAGAAUGGUGACGGGAUGUCUCCGGAGGAGUACCGGUGGUAUGUCAUGACGAAGGAAAAACUGCGGACACAGUCAUUUGACCUUUUAAAACCCCUUAAUCCAUUGGCCAUCCCAAAAAACAGACAGAUCUCUUGUGAUCUCUGUAGCAAGAGAGCCACAUUGCAAUGCUUAGCAUGCCGCAGUCACUGGUGCACGUAUGAGCAUUUUCUGCUGGACUCUGAAAGCAUCCAUUUCUAUAUUUGCCCCAAAUUGGCAGAAGUGUGGGCCAUGUCAUUUGUGCCAGGAAGAUAUGAGUCUAUAGAAGAUAUUGUCAAGGGGCGUGCAGAAACAACCGUGCAGUUGGGCAUGCUCAAGGAAAUUUGCGAAAUGGCCUCUGAAAAGGCCAAGGAAUACAUCACCAGUAGAUGCUUCAUCAUGGCCAUUGCUCCAUCUGUUCGCUACAUCAUUCUUGCUGAGCACAUAUAUUCAACGAAUAGCUAUGAAUAUGUUAAGGCAAACACCUUACUGGUGCAGGCGCAUCUGGGCUUAGAAAAGUAUGCCUAUGUUCAAGACGCACUUCCUCGAUUGAAGUCUGGCAUGCACUAUCUGCUUCUGUCCACUUUGACGACUAUGGGACACAAAUACUACGAACGAAAAUAUGACGCACGCACACUAGCGUUGCGGACAGGAACACGAACGGGAUUUGGGGACGUUUUAAUAUCUCUCCAAUCUGAUCUAUUACCGAUACGAAUUGUCGCAAAGCUACCCAAGAACAUUCUUCAACUCAUGAGCUUGAUCUGCCACAUAGCAGGCACCAUGUUUCUAGACUCUAACAGGUUUCCAGAGGCUUUAGACAACUAUAGCCACUCUGCAUACCUGAUGUCACUGGCUUAUGGUCCAACAAGUCUCGAAGCCACACUCAUAUACUACGGUGUAGCCAAAACAUUCAUAAGAAAAGCACAGAUAGAAAUAGAGAAGGAGCGGGACCGCGGAGAGCGAGGGUCUGUUGGUUCGUCCUCUACUUUUGAAGCUGAAGCUAGCCAAUCUAAUCCAGAUCCCAAGCUCAGGCUUCAACACUCAAUCAAGAGACUAAUCUACCAUAACAAAACAGUCCAGGAAAAGGGGAGGAGACCAGUUACUGCCAUGGCAGCCGGACGGCCUCCAAUGGGUAUACCUCAUGCCAAACCAAAGUCUGCCACGAGAGUGCCCAAAUCCUCCGAGUCCACAGGUAUAGCAUCUUCGUCCAGCAUGGGCAUAUAUCUAUCUGAUGAAAGACCUGCACACCCUGCUAUCACUCCAGCUCCAUCUCCUCCUCGUCAUCUCAAGCGAUUUGAUCGCUACAUCGAAGACGUCACAUUUGAUUUAUCUGGAGAGCCAUCCGCGCGCUUCUGCAACCUUGGAAAGGGCUUAAAGCAAGGUAUAAAUAUGCUACGCAUCAUCGUAGACGUGUGGGCUAUUACAAUCCGGCGACAAUUCAACAAGGGAUGCAUACUAAACUUUCCCCACGCUGAGCUAGGUGACCCAAUCAGCAUGCUUUUAGAGAUACAGAUGAUAUACUCUCUAUACCUUGGAAAAGACACACUUGAAUACGGCCACGUGUCCCUCACACUAGCACUACUCUAUACCAUGUAUGAUAGAGAGUUUGACGGCUUCUCUCACGUCAAGAAGGCACAUGCUGCGUUCACUGAAUGCUUACGGGGGAUAGAAAAUUCGCAAAAGAAGGCCGAUAAGGCGAUAAUCCAGCAACACCUAAUAGAAGCCGAGGACGUGAUGCACGCUCUUUCGUUCUUCGUUCGAAAGGUCUCAAAGCCCAAUAUCAAUACAUCUUCCCAGGCUAUGCACAACUUACAGCCAUUGGUGCGGCCGCUGGGGGUCACUGCAACGUUGGGGGGAAAGGUCUAA